AUGGCUGCACAGGCUACGGGAGGAGUGGAGGAACUUCUUGUGGGGAAGGGCUUCACAGCAGAUGGAAGCGUGGAGAACUUCAAGCGACGUCGUCAGACCGAGUUGAAGCACGGUCGCAUAUGGGCUCCCAUGGACCUGCUUCGGUACAUGGCUGGCAUCACCUUCCCGCCGGUGGAGCCUGUGUUUGCUGACGAUGCCCGCGUGAGAUACCCAUGUGAUGCCUCGUGGCAUAUUGACAACAAAGUACGCAAUCGACAGAUGCAUGCUCUCAUGGGCAAUUCGUUUGAUCUGGCGAGACCUGACCAGUUGGUACUGGCUUGCGAAAAGAGUUUGGAAAAGAAAAAGGAGUCGUCAGCAGAACUCCCUGGAGUGGAACUCUGUAAUCCUGAUGAGCUGAAGAUUCCAAAUGACAACAUGUUGCAAACGAUCCGUGCAGACCAAGUCAAAGAUGAUGCGUGCGGAGUGAGUUUCUGUAACUCACUGCUACUCCGCCCAAAACUCCGUGUGCAAAGCGAAGAACACUUGGCCUUAGUCGUACCUGGUAAACUUGGACAAGACCUUCAAUCUCUGUUGCAGGAAUCGAAUCCUACUCUCAAAUCUCAUGCCUAUGAAUGUGUCUUGACACUGCGAGACCCAGUCAUCAACAGACGAUUCCCAAGACAGGUGACGAUCAUUAACCUUGGAAAAGAGCUUGUCGUUCCAGCUGACCUCCCUCACACAGUUGUCGCUCCACAAGACCAGACCAAAGUAUUAUGGAUUCAAGCAUGGAAACACAAGAACAAUGAAAUAUGGAACCAGGUGGUCACCUCGACAGUGAAGGAAACACGAAACAAUGUGUUGCAGUGCGUAGCAGAGAUUCUUGGGGUUCAAUCAAAAGUACUGGACACGUGGGGCUUCAAAAUCACCGAUGACAAUAUGAGCCUAUGCAUCCGUGUCCCCAUGAAGGAUGCUGACAAACUGAUCAAUUCCAGGCACCUCUUGCUUUUUGCACGUCCGUUCAUCAACAAAGGGGAGAUUUUCACUGCGGCCGAUGACGAGGUCAUGGUAUGGGCCAAUGACAUCAAGACAACUCCCGAAUUGAACAUGUUGGUAAGCACGCUCACUGGAGUCCUUGGUUUCAUCGGAAACAAACAAGGACUCGGUAUUAGGGUACAGAGCAAUCAUGUCGCUGCAGCCAGAAGCUUGCUACAAAGCAACUCGCUCCGAAUUACGAAUGCCAAUAAGAGUGUCAUCGGAACCAAGCGCUAUAUGGUCAAAGGUUUUCCAUCUUCAACAAGCAUCCAGCAGGUGAUCGAUUUGAUGAAUUCUAAGCCUCAUAACCAGUCGCAGUGGAAACCUUGGCUAGUCAUUCCACUAAAAAUGUUCCCAACUGCAAAUGGUUGCAAUUGGUCAUUGAAAGCAGAUGAGGAUCCAGCCUGCGAUCGACUUGUGCUGAAUGGUGGUCGAAAACUUGUGAUCGAAAAACUUGAUUCUCCACAGGAAACAGUUCAUAAAAAGCAAAAGGAAUCAAUCCAGAAAGCAGAAGCAGCCAAAACCAAGCGCCGAGAUGACUUCAUGCAGGCCCAGCAGCAGAACACAGAGGACGCAUGGCAGACAUAUCUUGACGCAAAAGGAAAAGGCAAAUCCAAGCCUAAUCGUUCGCAGACCACACACGAUAGUGGUGGAAAGCGUUUACCUGAGAACCUUGAAGACCUGGAACUACAGAGAGUGCUUGCCUUAUCUUUAAAAGAGCACACACAAGCCAGUGCUAAUCGAAAGGCAGCCGCCGCAGCAUUGCAGCGGCAAAUCCCGGCCUUCAAGGUACAACGUCAGUCUCAUGAACUGCGUUUCAAGUUGCAGAAAGUAUCGCAAAGUGAACAAGUUAUUCGUGACAUCCAAAUCCUGGAAAAGUUCGAUUUUAAGAAAGGCGGCCGUAAAGCAUUUGCAUGGCUGAAAGAUGAGUGGAAACCUCCACUCAAUGCAAUAACCACAGAGUUUGGCGAAAUUGCAGUGACGCCUCAAGCAGUUGUAGAUAGUCUUCAGACCGAAUGGGAUACCACCAUCUCAACAGGUGGUUUUUUAGAUGACAACAACAUGCGUUGCGUGGCCAAAACUGCAGAAGCAGCAGUUCAAGGCUUAGAAAAAGCAUGGCAGCGAUCGCUGCAGUUCGACGCCUUGUCAGGUAUACAGGUCUCGGAAAAACAUGCAGAUGGACAGAAGAGCGUGGGGCCUACUGCCACGUUCCGUGCAGCUGUCAAGUCAUUGCAGUGUGAACGCCGCGAACUGCGACGACAGGUACUGGAUAUGUUGGGACAUGCCCCAGGCACUGCGAUACGCUUGGUCACAGGUCACCUCCUGGUGUGGAAUGGUUGGACUGGUGUAGGGCAGGGUAAGAUGUGGUUGCCCAGGGCUAGUACUCAACGGAGCACGCCGAAACCGGAUGUGGCGAAAUUGUGGGGUGUUGGUCAUACGGUAAGACCAUGGUUAGAAGGGCAUUGGGAAGAACUGAAACAAUUAGAUGCUACGGUGGCCGCAGCGUUACAAAGGGACAGGCAGGUGAGGCAAGGUGAUCAACCGUGGGAUGAAGCGCAACAACUGCUAGUCUAUGCAACACGCCGCACUUUGAACCAGGCGAUUCAAACUGGGGCGGGAGAAGUGGCGGACAGGGCGGUGGCAGGACAGGAGGCGAGCUUAUGGCCGGCUGAAUGGCAGGUGUCACGGAGAAUCGCGGAGGAGGUGGCGAGGGUGGAUUCUGACGAGGUUGUACUUCUGCGAUUCUUUGAUAUCGAAAAAGCUUACCCGAGGGUGUGCAGGGCUGCUAUGUGGGAGGUGUUACGGCGUCGGGGAUGUCCGGAGGGGAUGGUGAAGGUCCUUCAAGGGUUACAUGAACACACAGCCAUGAAGGUGCGCAUCUAUGGAGGGUGCUCGGGGUCGUAUGUCCCGGAUCGCGGUCUACGGGAAGGAUGUCCGAGCUCACCGGUCUUGUUCAAUAUAUUUCAUGAUGCGGUACUUCAAGAUUACAGGGCUCGUAGGGCGGAAUUAGCAGAAGCACGCGGUCUGACCCCUGGAUUGGUUUGGGAAUAUAAAGUGGACGGGAAACUAUGUAAACGCCAGGCCGGUAGGUUCCAAGCGGGACGGGAGACCGGGGAAGUCAUUUUGGGAGAUUUUGGGUAUGCAGAUGACACUGGAAUUUGCGGGGUGGCCGAGGAGGUCUGUGAGGCUGAGAAACUGUUUACGGUAGUGUGCAAGGACUGGGAGGAAAAGGUGCACCCGUUGAAAACGGAAGGUCUGAGAAUCGCUGGUAGAGGUCUACAGGGAACGGACGUGGCAAAUCACGGGGAGGCGGAGGCGGUGAAACAUGUCGGGGGAAACGGAUCCAACAAGCAUUCCCAGAUCGCACCCUCACCCCUCAAGAACGUUCCCGGCUUGAUUCUUGGCGACCCGGACGGUGCAGGUCAGGUGCCGGUGUUUCGUCAUAUCUAUACGGAUGGCUCAGGGGCACAUGGGAAGGCAGGAUGGGCCGCGGUAAUUUAUGAUGCACCACCAGCACGCCCCGUGACACCGGAUUUUCUGUUAUUUGGACCGGUGAUUAUCGCGCCUUGGGAUCCCAACUACCUGGGUGCGGAAAAGUUGUCAAAUAAUACUGGGGAACUCUCGGCUAUUGCUGAAGCGUGCUUAUGGUUACUCGAAAGGAGAGACGAAAGGGACGCGGCAGGGCAGGUUGUGGGCGCGGAAAUUCACUAUGAUUCAGAGUACGCGAGGGACAUAGCGGUCAGAGUCGCACACCCCAAGAGCAACAUACCCCUAGCACAAAAGGUAGCAGAUUUGGUAGAUGAGGUUCGGACAACUCGUCCGUUGGAGUUCCGGCAUGUCAAAGGGCACAGUGGAGAUUAUGGGAAUAACGCGGCGGAUAAAUACGCGGAUUUAGGCGCGGCGGGCCACUGCACCCCCCAAUGGUCUAGAUGGGCAGAGGUUCCGGCGGGAUGGGAGGAGAUCCAAGGAAGGGACCCGAGAUUGAUCGAGGUGUGUCGACAUUGUGGGAUGCGGUUCUAUGACAGGUAUGCGCGAGGUAGCCACGAGGCAAGGUGCAAUAUUCCAGGUGUGGCGCUAGCGCCGGGUCGGGGCCAGAUCAAGCGGCUCCGGGACAGUGCUACAAGUGCGGGCUACAAACAAUCGUGCGGCAUGGCUGAAGUGGAGGAGGCCCCUAUUGGCCAAAGGGUGGCAGAGCUGGAGAACACUGUCGGGUGGUUGACGGCGCGUAGUUAUCGCCAGGAGGAACGUGUGGACCGGAUCUAUGCGCAGCAACGGGUCUUCACGAUAAAUAGUGUGGCACUCGAGGAGGUUUGGACAGGGCUGGGUGACGGGGCCACGCCCCACGCGGCUGCGGCGGGUGGGGGGGAUAAAUGGCUGGAGGAGGUAACCAAGGCCUUGGGUUUGGAAUGGCCCCUGAGUGACCGCCAACCGCGACGGGAGGAGAUGCUACACGGUAAAAAGAAAAGGGACGUCAUGGAUGCCCUUUUUGCCUUCCAGGAUGAAAUCCGGCUGGGCAACCUCACGAAGGUGGAGGCGGAGAUGGGAGGUGAUAAUUGGGAGGUGAGGAAACCCAAGUGCUUCACGCUGGUGUUUCGUUUUGGAGCCGUGGCGGACCGGUUGGAGCGGCAUUUGAGUGCCACGCUGAACGGUGCGCUGGCCCAAGCGAACCGGGCGGGAGAUGGAGGUCAGGUUCAGGCGUGGCGGGCGAAGACCAAAGGCGAGAAGCGUAAACGCGCUGAAAGGCGUCAGGCACAGCAAGGAGAGGGUGCAGGGGGAGACGGUGGAGGUAAAGGCGCUGCGGCCAAGGGCAAAGGAAAGGGCAAGGCGAAAGGUAAAGGGCCUGGGAAAGGUCAAGGCAAGAAAGGUGGUGGUAAGAAGGGUGGACGGAACCCCGGCCGCAGGGCCGGUCGGUUACAAUUUUUCCAGUGCACCGACAAUGGCUACCUCCACCGCGACCUCGACGACGAAAUUCCCUGGUUAUCUCUCGCCGUCAGCCGGCUUGAAAUUCGCCGACGUGCCAAAUGGUUUGGCAGCAAUUUCCAAAGUGCCCGCCGCAGGAUGGGGACAGAUCUUGGCAUACAUGGCUUUCUGCGAGGUUUCUCAGGAUCAGUCUCCUGGAACCCCAGCUGCAGCAGGAGACUUUGGAUUCAAGGUGUUGACAGCAUCUGA